AUGCCAGCUGAUAAUACUGGAAGCACGUCAAGCAAUAGUCCAGUAAUUUCGAUAGGUAACAUCCGAGGUUUGGGAGGAUGUGACUAUGGGUCAUUUAGAAUGUCUAAUGAGUUUUUAGGAUGGAAAAAUAAAAAAACAAAUAGCGUAUAUCAAUACAAAUGCAAUGAUAUUAGUGAAGGCGAAUGGAUAAAACUAAGUUACAAUAAUAAUAGACUACAUUUAAAAUUUAAUGAAUCUAAAGAUAAUUUGAUUGUAUUUUUUGAUGGUUUUCCUGAUCGAAAUAUUGCAGAAAUUACACAACAUUUUCAAAAAUAUUUUAAUAUAAAACUAGGUACCAGAAAACUAGCUACAAAAGGAUGGAAUUGGGGAGAAUUCAAAUUAGAAAAUUCAAAUUUAUUUUUUGAUAUUGAUAAAAAAUACGCAUUUAAUAUUAAUACAAAUAAUAUCAACCAACUAAAUGUGCAAAUAAAAACAGAUAUAGCCAUAGAAUUAAAAAAUGAUGAAAAUAAACAAAAUACAAAUGAAGAUGUACUUUCAGAAAUACGUUUUUAUUAUCCUCAUGAAAAUGAUGAAAAUCAAAAUUUCCAAGAUUUAAAAAAUAAUCUAUUAGAAAAAGUUAAUAUAGGAGAUUCAAAGAGCGAAUGUAUUGCAUCAUUAUCUAAUAUACCAUUAUUAGUACCAAGAGGAAGAUAUGAAAUUGAAAUGUAUUCAAAAACUUUUAAAUUACAUGGAAAAUCUUAUGAUUUUACUGUUCAAUAUUCAAAUAUUAAUAAAAUGUUAUUAGUACCAAAAACUAAUUCAAAUCAAUAUAUUUUAAUAUUUAGUUUAAAUAAUAAAAUCAAACAAGGUCAAACUGAAUAUCCUUUUAUUUUAAUUCAAUUAAGUAAUGACGAUGAUAUGGACUUAGAUAUUAAUGCAUCAGAAGAAGAUAUCCAAAAUUAUAAAUUAGAAAAAACAUUAACAGGAAAAGCUUAUGAUGUUGUUACACGAUUAUUUACAGCUUUAGCUAAAAAAAAUGCAAUUAUCCCAGGAGAUUAUAGAACGGCUAAAAAUGAGCAUGGUAUUACAUGCAGUUAUAGAGCAGCUAGUGGACAGUUAUAUCCUUUAAAUAAAUAUUUCCUUUUUGUUGUCAAACCUGUUAUUUUAAUUUCUUUUGAUGAUAUUGUUACUCUAAGUUUUCAAAGGACAGGAAAUAUAAAUCAACAUCGUUUCUUUUCUCUAAUUAUUAAACAUAAAAGAGGAAUUAGUUAUGAAUAUACAAAUAUCGAUAAAAGUGAAUAUGCACCAUUACUAGAAUUCUUAAAAAGUAAAAAUCUUAAUAUACAAGAUGAUGCAAAUGUCUCUGAAAAAAAAACUGACUUUGAUGACGAUGAUGAUGAUCUUUCUGAAUCCGAUGAAGAAGAUUAUGUAGCCGAAGAAGAAGAUGAAGAAGAUGACAAUGACGAUGAUGAUGAAUAUGAUGACGAGGAUGACGACAAAUGA